AUGGCCCUCCUACUAGAAGCCACAGCUUCUGCAGAAUCUCAGUCAGAAAUCCCCACAGCAGUCUUAGAGAGCCAUGGCACUGGAUUGGGGACAAAUGUGUCAUUCCAGGUGUUGGUAUCAUUCGAGGACGUAGCCGUGGACUUCACCUGGGAGGAGUGGCAGGACUUGAAUGCUGCCCAGAGGACCCUGUACAGGGACGUGAUGCUGGAGAACUACAGCAGCCUGGUGUUCCUGGGGCACUGCAUGGUCAAACCUGAGUUGAUCUUAAACUUAGAACAGGGACUUGGACCAGUGAGCACAGCAGGAACCUCGGUCUGGAACCUCUCAGGUAUCGACAAAGGGAAUAGCCUGGUUGAUACCAUCCAGGAAAAUGAUAGCAGACAUUUCUGGCAAAUUGAAAUCAACAGCCGUACAUCAAAUGAAGAACUGGUUGAAGCAGAACUGAAGAUUCAUGAGGAAAUCCAUCGAGGGACAAAGUCCUAUGAAUGUGAAGUAUGUUUGGAAGCAUUUUAUCUGAAGCCACAGUAUAGCACUGACCAGAGAUACCACACAUGCGAGAAUCCAUACAACUGUAAAAAAAUUAGAGGGGCUUUCUAUUCUAAGUCGACCUUCAGACCGUGUCAGAGGCUCGAGAGAGGUGAGAAACCCCACGCAUGUAUAGAGUGUGGGAAAUCCUUCUAUUGCAAGUCUCACCUCACUGUGCAUCAGAGGACCCACACAGGGGAGAAGCCCUAUGAAUGUAAUGACUGCAAGAAGGCUUUCUACAGCAGGUCCCAGCUCAAUGUGCAUCUGAGAACUCAUACAGGCGAGAAGCCCUAUGAAUGUAAGGAGUGCAGGAAGACUUUCUACCGCAAUUCUGACCUCACAGUGCAUCAGAGGACUCACACAGGCGAGAAGCCCUAUGAAUGCAAAGUGUGCAGUAAAGCCUUCUACUGCAAUUCACAGCUCACUGUCCAUCACAGGACCCAUACGGGUGAGAAGCCUUAUGAAUGUCAAGUGUGCAAUAAAGCCUUCUACUGCAAGUCACAGCUUGCUGUCCAUCACAGGACCCAUACGGGUGAGAAGCCUUAUCAAUGUCAGGAAUGCAGGAAGGCAUUCCAGUGCAGGUCAGACCUCACUCGGCAUCUGAGAACUCACACUGGCGAGAGGCCCUAUGGAUGUACGGAGUGCAGGAAGGCUUUCUACCGCAAGUCAGACCUCACAGUGCAUCAGAGGACACACACAGGCGAGAAGCCCUACGAAUGCAAAGAAUGCAGAAAAGCCUUCUACUGCAAUUCACAGCUCACUGUCCAUCAAAGACAGCACACAGGGGAGAAGCCUUAUGAGUGUAAAGACUGUGGGAAAGCCUUUCAGUGCAAAUAUGAACUCACUCGGCAUCACAGAACACACACAGGUGAGAAACCGUAUACAUGUAUGGAGUGCCAGAAAGGUUUUUACACCAAGUCAGAUCUCUCUCGACAUCUAAAAAUUCAUACAGAUGACAAACCCUGAAGAUAUAGGAGACAGUAGUACUUAAUAAGUCGUCCUUAACUGACAUCAGAGAACACACUUAAAAACUUUUUACCAUGAAGUUAGACUUAAUCUCAGAGAAUUCAGACACAUGCAAGAAACCAUUGAUGUCAGAAAAGUCUCUAGCUCAUCUCCAUGUGUAGACCAAUACGUUUAGGGAAUGUGAAAAACUGUGUGCUCAAAUCUUUUGUGAUAUCAUGUAGUAUAUACAGGUGAAUUUCCCUUUGAAUAUAAAGAAUACUAAAGCAUUUUUAUAAAAAUCAUAAAGUGCAUUCAAUGGGCAGGAAAUCUUAUCCAGACUUUUUCAAUAUAUAUGACAUGGAAACUUUUGAUACCGAAGUCAGGUCUCAGUCUACAGGAAAACUCCUAAGGUAUAGUAGUAUACAGCAAAUGAUUCAGCCAGGUACGGCUUUUCAUCCUGACUCUUGUGGGUGACCUUGGCAAGACUCAUUUGGACCUGAUGUUCAACAGCAUAGCAAGCCAUGAAAUCAAAAGACGGGAAAGCUCAGCAUGGUGGUGGUCAGCUUUAAUACGGGUACUCGGGGGCAGCAUUGUAGGGAUCAGUAUGAGUUUGUGGCCAACCUCUUUAACAGAGUGUGUUCUGGGCCAGCUUAGGGAUUACAGUGAAAUUCUGUGAU